ACCCACACCCCCACCACGGGUGGGGUGGUUUGGCCGCACGGCUAGGGCAGCUGCCACCUAACCGCGCUUCUCUGCUAGCCGGCCCGGCCGGCCAAUAAAUGCAGCACCAGCAGCAACCGCUAAGCGGAGGAGGAGGAGGAGGAGGAGGAGGAGGAGGAGGCCAGCACGAGCACCAGCCGCAGGUAGCCGACGACACGCGGCCCGGCACCAUGCAGGUAGCCGACGACACGCCGCCGGUGCGUUCCGCCGGCGACGCGGCGCGCAUGGUGUGGGCGGAGACGAAGCUCCUGUGGGGCAUCGGGCUCCCCAUCGGCGUGAGCAUGCUGAGCAUGUACGCCAUCAGCUCCAUCACCCAGAUGUUCAUCGGCCACCUCGGCAACCUGCCGCUCGCCGCCGCCUCCAUCGGCCUCUCCGUCUUCUCCACCUUCGCGCUCGGCUUCCUCCUCGGCAUGGGCAGCGCGCUCGAGACGCUCUGCGGCCAGGCCUUCGGGGCCGGCCAGGUCGACAUGCUCGGCGUCUACCUCCAGCGCUCCUGGAUCAUCCUCAUCGCCUCCAGCUUCCUCAUCGCGCCAUUCUUCGUCUUCGCCGAGCCGCUGCUCCUGCUCAUCGGCCAGGACCCCGACGUCGCGCGCGAGUCCGGCAGGUUCACGCUCUACAUCCUCCCCUCCGUCUUCGCCAUGGCCAUCAACUUCGCCGCCGUCAAGUUCCUCCAGGCGCAGAGCAAGGUGAGGGCGCCCGCCUGGAUCGGCCUCGGGGCCCUCCUCGCCAACCUCCUCCUCAACUACCUCUUCGUCGUGGUCCUCGGCUGGGGCCUCCCCGGCGCCGCCGCCGCCUACGACGUUGCCCACCUGGCCAUCGCGCUGGGGCAGGUGGCCUACAUCGUCGGGUGGUGCAGGGACGGCUGGAGAGGGUGGUCGUCCGCCGCCUUCCACGACAUCUGGUCCUUCGUCAGGCUGUCGCUCGAGUCCGCCGUCAUGCUCUGCCUCGAGAUAUGGUACAUCGGCCUCAUCACCGUCCUCACCGGCGACCUCGACGACGCGCAGAUCGCCGUGGACUCCCUCGGCAUAUGCAUGAACAUCAACGGGUGGGAGGGGAUGAUCUUCAUCGGCCUCAACGCCGCCAUCAGCGUCCGGGUAUCCAACGAGCUCGGCUCCGGCCGCCCCAGGGCAGCGUGGAACGCCGUCAUGGUGGUCGUCGUCGAGGCGCUGCUCAUCGGCCUCCUCUGCAUGGCGCUCAUACUCAUCUUCAGGGACAGCUUCUCCAUCAUCUUCACCAGCGACGACAACCUGCGGCGCGCCGUGUCCAAGAUCGCCGGCCUGCUGGGCCUCACCAUGGUGCUCAACAGCGUGCAGCCGGUGGUGACGGGGGUGGCCAUCGGCGGCGGAUGGCAGGGCCUCGUCGCCUACAUCAACCUCGGCUGCUACUACGUCUUCGGGCUGCCGCUGGGGUUCCUUCUCGGAUACAAGCUCAACUUUGGAGUCGGGGGGAUUUGGUCCGGCAUGCUUUGCGGUAUUGCCGUCCAGACGCUCAUCUUGCUCAUUGUGGUCUGGAGAACGGAUUGGAAAGCAGAGGCCGCCCAAGCUGCAAGCCGUGUGCAGAAGUGGGGCGGCAAAGCCACUGAUCAGCUCAACAAGCCUCUCCUGGAAUGAAGACACCUAGUUGUUUUCUUUACCAGCUUGUUGUCCCAUCCCAUUACACUUUGCCAAGGCUCAUUUUCAAUAAACAUGAGCACUCUCUGGUGGGUAAGUCCUGUAUGUAAGUAUGUAACUGAUGAAAUUCUUCAGACUUGGAUGUGUCAGCAAAUUGCUAUAUAUGCCAAUGGCUCAAAGCAAGAGUUGACAUGUAAAUUUUGAUUCAGUACCUAUGGUAAUACUACUUCGGGAUUAAUAUUGAACUCGAGCAAUAUAUAUAAUAUUAUAUAA